CAAAUACGCAGAUUUGCCUCCACCGUCACUAAGUACGGGAGGACUCGAGUUGUAGACCGUCUUAUCUCACCUCUCAUCAGCCCAUGCCCUUUCUAUUUCUUCAAACCUCCCAACUUCGUACGGGCAAUGGAAGACGGCGAAAUUUCUGGGUUCGAAGCCCCUACCCCAUACCCUAGCAAUCUCAAAUAUUCACAUCACCCUUCAAUUGAAUGGCCGGACGAGCCUUCUUUGAUUGAAACUCCCACUAACCAGAGGAUCACCCCACCGCCCACAGAAGACGUCCAAGACCGACCUGUCUGUCGUCUUGUGGUUGAUAAGCCGUUCGCAGCUCUUGGGCUGGGUAGAAUUGUAUUGGUUGAUGGGUAUCCUGAGGUACAGUUUGGCCGUGACGCACUGCCUCCAGGCUCUUCUACUCCCAAAGUUCGGAUAAAGCUGAUGGAGGUAUCAAAAUUACACGCCACUGUGUACUGGGACACCCACCAGAAGGAAUGGGCCGUCAUUGAUAUGGGCUCGAUGCAUGGAACAUAUCUCCUUUCGUCUGAUGAUCCAUCCACCACUUCACCUCAGGGUAGAGGUACACGACUAUCACCCUCUCGGGCGGCUAGCAUUCCUCGGAGACUCUGCAACAUGGAUCGUCUGACUGUGGGUGAUGUUACCUUUAUAGUCCAUAUCCAUCAGAGUUUGCCUUGCGAGGAGUGUUCUCCCCGAAGUGUUGGGGACGAAGUUUCUUUGUUCUCGUCAGAACGAAAGAAGCUCCGAACGCAAUCUGAAAAUGGAGCGACGAAGGCUGCACAUCACCCAUAUCCCAAGAAUCCGAAGCAGGCAUUGGCACUGUUAAAGCAAUCCCUACUUUCACAGCAUGGCUCUGGUUCAAAGUCAACAGCAGAUCAAUACAUAGACCGGUCGGCUCGUCGACGUGCCUUCUUUUCCUCUAGCGCAAGUGAUUCGCCCGGGGUGACUCCUCGCGAUUCCACAAUGCCAGUACCUGAAUAUGAACGUCGGAACACUUCAGAUACUCCGCAGGAUACGGAGCCUGUUUCCCGACCAGCCACACCCUUACCUUCAACAAAUGUUGGGCACAGGCUGCUCCUGAAACAAGGAUGGCAGCCGGGAGAGUCCCUUGGUCUUACCGUUGGAGAGGGGGUGGUGGAGCCGUUGGAUGCUGGCGCCAUGUCCAGUAUCGGCCGACGGGGGUUGGGCAUGCCUCGUCCUUUGUCGGGUAGUUCUGGAUGUCGACAUUGAGAUAUGUUAUCUUCCUCUGUUUUUCAUACACAAUCUAGAUGGCAUAUCGUACAGGAAUAAACUUGAGGGCAUGCCACUCGCCUAGGUACUUCGCGC